UCUACUGAGCGACCACAGGAGAGGAGGAAGACGAGCUAGGGCUAGGGAAAAGCCGCCCGGGCAAGCUGCAACUGGAGUGUGCUGCUCACAGACACAAGCACCCCGCUGCGCCUGGUGCUUGCCGCCUCGCUCGGUUCCUUCCCAGCGGGGAACCUUCUCCCUUCGCAAAAGGCAGCGGCGGCGGCGUUCCUCAUCAGCGGGAAGAGCAACCUCCUCCAAUACCCUUCGCCUCUUCCAGCCCAGCCACUCGUUGGGAGUUCUUAAGCAGUUUGUUGCCUCUGGGAAGGUGGGCGUCGUAGGGUUUUGUUUUACAUUGCGAGUUCUAGGCGGAGAUGUUGUACAGCCCUUCCUCUUAUGGAAGUUAAAGGAAGCCAGGCUGCAGCUUUAAAUGAUUUCGGGGAGGAAAAAUGAGAAGCAGCAGACUUAAACUAAGCCCAUGAUUUUCGACCUCCUUCCCCGCCUUCUCUUCGGAGUGCCAGGAACUUUGAGGGAGGGGGGAGACUUUCUAAGAAAAGAAACCUCUCUUUGCUCAAGAAAUCCUUUGCCUUUUGGCUGCAGCGGAGAGUCUUAGCCACGCUUGAACAAUUUAUUUGCCUCGGCUGGUUUGGUGGGAAUUUCGGAAAGGAAAACCAGGGCGGUGGAGAUUGCAUUUUUCCCUCCCCCACGCGGCUGAUCUUCACGGGGGUGGAACUGUCCCAUUCAAGCCUUUUCCUCUUCGCUGCUUUGAGCAUAUCUAUAGGUCCCAGGGGGUGAGGUGGGGGGACCAAGUUUUUGCACUUUGGGGACGGCUACUUUUUCUCUGGUUCUUCCUGGAAUUGGAUUGCCUUUGAAUAUGCUAAAAUGGGGCUGCUGACGGUCGUCCUGGUUUUCGGAUUUGUCCAUUUUCAAGUUGAUGGAUCUCGUCUUCGCCAGGAAGACUUUCCUCCACGAAUAGUAGAGCAUCCAUCUGAUGUUAUUGUUUCUAAAGGAGAACCUACAACUUUGAACUGCAAGGCUGAAGGAAGACCAACUCCCAUUAUUGAGUGGUACAAAGAUGGAGAGCGUGUGGAGACUGACAAAGAUGACCCCCGUUCACAUCGCAUGCUGCUUCCUAGUGGAUCUUUAUUUUUCCUAAGAAUUGUACAUGGACGGAGGAGUAAACCAGAUGAAGGAAGUUAUGUUUGUGUUGCCAGGAACUAUCUGGGGGAAGCUGUGAGUCGUAAUGCGUCUCUGGAAGUAGCAUUAUUACGAGAUGAUUUCCGUCAAAAUCCUACAGAUGUUGUUGUGGCAGCAGGUGAACCAGCUAUCUUAGAGUGCCAACCUCCUCGAGGACAUCCUGAACCCACUAUCUACUGGAAAAAAGACAAAAUCCGAAUAGAUGAUAGAGAAGAGAGAAUAAGUAUACGAAGUGGAAAGCUCAUGAUUUCAAAUACAAGAAAAAGUGAUGCUGGAAUGUAUACAUGUGUCGGCACAAAUAUGGUGGGAGAACGGGAUAGUGAUCCUGCAGAACUUACUGUUUUUGAACGGCCCACAUUUCUCAGAAGACCAAUCAACCAGGUUUUGGAAGAAGAUGUUGUUGAGUUUAGAUGCCAGGUACAAGGCGAUCCUCAGCCAUCAGUUCGCUGGAAGAAAGAUGACAUCGAUUUGCCAAGAGGAAGAUAUGAUAUCAAAGAUGAUUAUACCUUGCGUAUUAAAAAGGCUAUGAGCUCAGAUGAAGGAACAUACACAUGCAUAGCUGAAAACAGAGUUGGAAAAGUUGAGACAUCUGCAACACUUACAGUUCGAGCUCGUCCUGUUGCACCUCCACAGUUUGUGGUAAGGCCACGUGAUCAGAUUGUUGCGCAAGGAAGAACAGUAACAUUCCCAUGUGAAACUAAAGGAAAUCCUCAGCCAGCAGUAUUUUGGCAAAAAGAAGGCAGCCAGAAUCUUCUAUUUCCGAAUCAGCCUCUCCAGCCUAAUGCCAGGUAUUCUGUGUCACCAACUGGGGAUCUUACUAUCACAAAUAUUCAGCGGGCUGAUGCAGGCUAUUACAUCUGUCAAGCACUCACAGUUGCUGGAAGUAUCUUAGCAAAAGCUCAGUUGGAAGUUACAGAUGUUUUAACAGAUAGGCCUCCACCCAUCAUUCUCCAGGGACCUGUAAACCAGACAUUGUCAGUAGAUGGAACAGCUUUACUGAAGUGCAAAGCUACUGGUGACCCAAUGCCUGUUAUCAGCUGGCUAAAAGAAGGAUUUACUUUUCUUGGCAGAGAUCCAAGGACAUUUAUGCAAGAUCAAGGAACUUUGCAAAUUAAACCUUUACGGAUAUCUGACAUGGGCACAUACACUUGUGUUGCCACAAGUUCAAGUGGGGAAACAUCUUGGAGUGCUGUGUUGGAUGUUACAGAAUUUGGGGGAGCAGCAGUUAGCAAAAAUUAUGAUUUAAAUGAUCUUCCUGGACCACCAUCCAAGCCUCAGGUCACUGAUGUCACUAAGAACAGUGUCACCUUGUCUUGGCAGCCAGGCACACCUGGGAACUUACCAACAAGUGCAUAUAUCAUUGAAGCUUUUAGCCAGUUGGUGAGCAAUAGUUGGCAAACAGUGGCUAAUCAUGUUAGAACAAUUCCUUACACUGUGAGAGGACUCCGUCCAAAUACCAUAUACCUGUUUAUGGUGAGAGCUAUCAAUUCACAAGGAUUGAGUGAUCCCAGCACCAUGUCAGAUCCUGUCCGAACACAAGAGAUAUGUCCACCAGCACAAGGAGUGGAUCACAGACAAGUCCAAAAAGAGCUCGGUGAUGUAAUUGUGCGACUACAUAAUCCUGUUGUGCUUACCCCUACAACAAUUCAAGUGACCUGGACGGUUGAUCGCCAGUCACAGUUCAUUCAGGGUUAUAGAGUUAUGUAUCGACAGACAUCAGGACUGACUUCUUCUGCAUGGCAGACUGUGGAAAUCAAUGUUCCCACAGAACGGAGUGCUAUCCUUAUCAAUUUGAAAAAGGGGGUUACCUAUGAUAUCAAAGUUCGUCCAUAUGUCAAUGAAUUUCAAGGGAUGGAUAGUGAAUCAAAAUCUGUACGUACUACUGAAGAAGCCCCUAGUGCCCCUCCACAAUCUGUUACGUUUCUGACUGUUGGAAACCACAAUAGUACCAGUAUCAGUAUUUCCUGGGAUCCACCUCCUCCAGAUCACCAAAAUGGAAUCAUUCAAGAAUAUAAGAUAUGGUGCUUGGGUAAUGAAACAAAAUUUCAUAUCAACAAGACUGUUGAUGCAGCUAUCCGGUCGGUAAUUAUUGGAGGCCUAUAUCCUGGAAUUCAGUACAGAGUGGAAGUUGCAGCAAGUACUAGUGCUGGCACUGGAGUUAAAAGUGAACCACAACCUAUAAUAAUCGGAGGGCGUAAUGAAGUCAUCAUCACUGAAAACAACAAUAGCAUAACCGAACAAAUUACGGAUGUUGUCAAGCAACCUGCCUUUAUUGCUGGAAUUGGUGGCGCUUGCUGGGUUAUACUUAUGGGUUUCAGUAUCUGGCUCUAUUGGCGCAGAAAGAAGAGAAAAGGCCUUAGCAAUUAUGCAGUCACUUUUCAAAGAGGAGAUGGAGGACUUAUGAGCAAUGGAAGUCGGCCAGGCUUGUUAAAUGCAAGUGAUCCAAGUUAUCCUUGGCUUGCGGAUUCUUGGCCUGCUACCAGCCUUCCUGUUAACAACAGUACCAACGGACCAAGUGAUCUUGGGAAUUUUGGUCGUGGAGAUGUGUUACCUCCAAUGCCAGGGGAUAAAACUGCCACAAUGCUUUCUGAUGGAGCCAUUUAUAGCAGCAUUGACUUCAGUACCAAAACUAGUUACAAUAGUUCCAGCCAAAUAACACAAGCUACUCCGUAUGCCACAACACAAAUACUGCAUUCCAACAGCAUCCAUGAAUUGGCAGUUGAUUUACCAGAUCCUCAGUGGAAAAGUUCAAUUCAGCAGAAAAGUGACUUAAUGGGAUUUGGUUACUCUCUUCCAGAUCAGGGCAAAGGCAACAAUGGUGGGAAAGGAGGAAAGAAAAAGAAAAACAAAAAUACUCCCAAGACUCAGAAAAAUAAUGGGUCUACCUGGGCCAGUGUUCCUCUCCCACCUCCUCCAAUACAUCCACUUCCAGGAACAGAGUUAGAACACUAUGGGAUGGAUCCACAAGAACAAGGGUACAACAGUGAUGAUUGGUGCCCACCUUUACCAGUCCAGACUUAUUUGCAUCAGGGAAUGGAGGAUGAACUUGAAGAAGAUGACAGAGUUCCUACACCUCCUGUCCGAGGAGUGGCUUCUUCCCCUGCAAUUUCUUUUGGACAACAGUCUACUGCAACAUUAACUCCUUCUCCCAGAGAAGAAAUGCAACCUAUGCUUCAAGCCCAUCUUGAUGAGCUGACCAGGGCAUAUCAGUUUGAUAUAGCAAAGCAAGCAUGGCACAAUCAAAUCAAUAUUCAGCCACCCCAGACCCCAGCUCCCCCAUUAGGAUAUGUCUCUGGAACAUUAAUAUCAGUUGAAGCAGACAUUCCAGAGGAUGAAGAUGAGGAUGAUAUUGAAGAAGAGGCUGUAGAAAUCACAAGGCCAUUACGAGACCUAGAGCAUACUUCAGGCUGCAGCAUGGACAAUCUUGACAGCUCUUUGACAGGUAAAACCACAUUCGCUUCUCAGAAACUUCACCCAACCAGCCCAUUUUCUACUGAUAGCAAUACUAGCAUAAUCCAGAAUCAGAGUCAAAGGCCUAGGCCUAACCCUACCAAAAAACAGCCAUCCUUGCCUCAUCGUAGAGAAGGCAUGGCAGAUGAUCUUCCACCACCACCAGACCCACCUCCUGGUCAGGGAAUAAGGCAACAGAUAGGUACUGGCCAACGUGGGGGUUCAACAGAAAGAAAAGGAAGCUCUUUAGAGCGACAGCAUACAACCAACAUAGAUGAAACAAAGAGUUCUUUGGAUCGGCAAGCUAGAACUUCACUAGAGUGGCAACGGCAAACCCAGGAUUGGCUAACCUCCAUAGAACUCAAGGCCAGCAAAAAGCAAGCCUUUGGAUCAGAAGAGACAUUGGUGCCAUAUAGCAAGCCUAGCUUCCCAUCCCCAGGUGGUCACAGCUCUUCAGGUACAGCAUCUUCUAAAGGAUCAACUGGACCCAAAAAAGUAGAUGUCAUGAAAGGAGGUCAUCAGCGCAACAUGAGCGACCUCAUUGAUGUAGGAUAUAUUGGAUUAAACAGUCAAGGACAGUUUUCUGAUGAAUUAUAGUAGUUGAAAAGAAACGUCUCCAGCUGCUUUCAAGGCCAUCAAGUUUCAACUCAUGGAAGUGAUGACACUAAACAGUGCAAUGAACAUUUUCUUUAUUUAUGUACUUACUAUUAAAGGAACUGUAAAUGCAAUGUAAAGAAACACAGCCACACAUAUCCCAGAUACUCAAUCAUGUUCUUCUUUUACACCUUUCACUUUUAACUCUUUCUUAUUAAGCAUAUAUACCAGGAAAAAAUCACCCUGCAGGAUGAAAUAAAUUUCCCUUGUACAUAAUUUCUUUUUCUUGCAUUGCUAUGCAAACUCACCUUCAUUUAGCUAUGUUUAUAUUAUUGUCUGUCCUUCUUGGUCUGUUGUACUAUAUGUGAAUUAAUAGGCUGUGGUGCCAUAUAAUAACUUUUAAUUGUGUAACAUUUUAUGUUUGAAGUUUGCACUGCAAUUUUUGUUGGUGAUAAGCACAAAACGUUUAUGCCUCGUGUCAUGAAGAAGAAGAAGAUUGAAUGUGAAAGGAGUCUAUGUACUGUAAGCUAUGUUGGAUAAUGCUGGAUGUAAUGAACUAUGUUAGGUGGUUUGCCAUUUGGGUGUAGAAUUAGGAAGAUGACUGGCAAAACUGAUGUUAGCAAGCGUUGAUUGGGACAUCAGGAAUGGAAUACCAUCUGAAAUAGCAAGCAAUGUUGCUUUUAUCAUUAAAAGAAAAAGGUCAAAUGAUGGAAGUAUCAGUUUCAAGAUCAGAUUAGAACAUGAAAGCCUCCUAUCUUCUUAGUAUCAGUUUUUCAUUUAUUCAGUACAGUUGCACUCACUACAAAGGAAAGAAGUUAAGAUGUUUCACUAAAGCUGUUUUAUACUACUUUUUAUUUUAGAAAAGAGUAUUAUAAUUGAUUUGCUCUUCCAUCUGAAGUUAGAGAUCCAGUAUGAACCAUAUGAAGGUAGAGAAAUACUUAGCAAGACUUAAAAGAUGCAAUUAUCAUUGAGAUAUCCAAGCUGCUUCCAAAAAUCUACAGUAUUCAUCUUUUCAAUACGUGCAGUAAAGAUGAAGAUGUAGAGCUAUGUCACUUGAAAUCCAUGAUCUAAUUUUUCUUAUGCAACUAACACAUAGUUUUGCUGUAUUAUUAUCUGAAACUGUAAGACAUUUAAACCCAAUUCAUUUGUAUUUAAAUCUUGGGUUACAGUAAUUGAAAAGAAAGAUAUGGCAUAUUCAUGCUCAGUUUUAAAUCAAGGUGUUUCUUUUUACCAAUUCACUACAUUACAGGAAACUGGUUUCAACAAAGAAAAGAAGACAUCUUUGACCUAUUUUUGAUGACUAAAUUUCAAGCCUCUUCUUACAAAACAAUGCAUGUUUAUACACUUUUUAAAUAAACCAAACUUGCUGUAAGUGGACAUUAACAAAAGCAUCCUGUCAUCAUUAAUUUUCAUGACUUUCUCCAGCUACUUGCCAGUUUUUCACAUCUUUGUUAGAAAUAUUAUACAUGUAUUCCAAUGCAUUAAAUAUUUAUUUGAAGUUUACAUCAAAAAGCUUACCUUAUUCAUUCAUAUCACUAUUACAAACAUUCAUAUAUGCAGUUAGUUCCUAUUGUUUAUACUUUGCCUUGAUUAUUAUAUUAUUGUUAAA